AUGGCGGACGUCGUGGGCGGGCUGGCGGUGGCUGUGCUGCAGGGCCUCAAGGCCGCGGCGCUGGAGCCCCGCCUGCUGAGGACGCUGCUGAUUGCGGGGGCGCCGCUGCGCCUGGCGGUGGCCGCCAACGUGUGGGCUGGGCGCUCCAUCAGGAGCCUGGCCGCCGAGAUUGUGCGGCGCCUGCUGGAGCUGUCGGGGUGGCUGUUUGGGCGGGUGGACGCGCGCCGCCUGCGCGCCUUUGAGCGCGCCUACUUCCGUGUGCGGCGCUGGCAUGUGGCGCUGGCCACCGCCGUGGCGGCCAAGGCGGUGCAAUGGGCGGUGCGGCAGUGGGUGGAGGCGGCCAGCGGGGCCCGCGCGCGGCGCAAGGCCUUGCAGCGGCGCAUGCAGGAGGCCGAGGGGUACGAGGAGUGGGCGGUGGCGGCACAGGAGCUGGAGGCGCUGCGCGGCAUGGGCGCCAAGUCGAGGCGGCUGCUGGAGGAGAGGCUCUACGACCGCCGCCUGCUGCAGGAGCGGCUGGCCUACCUGCGGCGCGUGCGACAGGCGGGUGAUGUGCAGGAGGUUAUGUUUGCGGUGCGGGCUGACCUCAUACGCAACCUGGGCAACAUGACCAACAGCGAGCUGCACCGGCACUUCCCGGCGGUGCCCGACCUCAUCCGGCAGUACAUCCAGCAGGUGCAGGCAGACCUGCAGUACAUCACCGCCUCGGCAGGUGGGCUCACGCAUGUGGGCACGCUGCAGGACCACGUUGUACUGCAGGAGCGGCUGCGCCGCGUGCUGGGCGACCUCACCUUUGCAGAGGGGUACCAGCGCAGCGGCCGCAUCCUCAACGUCUCCGUGUCUGCCGCCGACACGAGCGAGCCUCCCCGCCUCCUCAACUACCUCACAGCCCCCAACGUCCUCAUCUGGUCUGCAGUAGCCUGCUCCUCAGCCUUCCCCUUCCUGUACGCCCCCCAGCAGCUGCUGGCACGCGACAGCCACGGCGCGGUGGUCGACUUCAACGCCCAGGAGGCGGGCGAGAUGCAGCGGCGGUGGCGGGACGGCAGCCUGGAGGAAGACCUGCCCAUGCGGGGGCUGUCGGAGAUGUUCAACGUCAACUACUUUGUUGUGUCGCAGGCAAACCCUUACGUCCUGCCCCUCAUAGCGCUCAAGCGCCUGGCGCCGCACAGGCUGGGCAACCUGGUGGAGGGGGAGUUCAAGCACAGGUGGUGCAGGGCGCACUGUGCCAAGAGCGUGAUCAACCUCAGCAAAGCCGACCUGCUGGUGGCGCUGAACGAGGGCAGGCGCGCCACCUGGGGCAAGCUGUCGGCCAUACAGGCCAACUGCGCCAUAGAGGCCACCAUCGACGAGUGCCUGCGCCAGGUCACCGCCUUUGCCAACGCCCAGCGGCGGCGCGCCGCGCGGCGCAGCUCCCGCGCCGCCGCCGCCGCGGCGGCGGCCAACGGCGGCGCCGCCGGCGGCGGCGCGGCCGCGGGCGAGGCCGCGCUGCGCCGCGGCAUCCCCUCCUGGCUCCACAUGCCCUCCCUGGGCAUCCCCCGCAUCGACUCCCGGGACAUGGGCCUGCUCACCCCCACCGCCUCCCGCUCGGGCCUGGCGCCCUCCUCUUCAGACUACUUUGACCAGGCAGCCCCAGACCUAUCCCUGGCGCGCAGCCCCCGCGCCUCGGGCUCCUCCUCCGCGCUGCACCUGUCUGUGCAGGAGCAGCUGACGGAGACGAUGGUACCCGAGGAUGCGGAGCGAGAGGAGGAGCAGGUGGCGGCGGCGGCGGCUGAGGCGGCGGCCGAGGCGGCCGCGCGCGACGGCGCGCCCGGCGACGCGGCGGCGCCAGCGCCCGCGGCGCUGGCGACUGCCGCAAGCGAGGCGGAGGAGGUGCUGGAUGUGCUGCCGCUGCCCAUGCUGGAGAGCGGGCGGGAGCUGUGGCGCGACUUCUUCCUGCUCACCCCCGCUACCAGCGCCGCGCCCACCACCAGCCUGGAUUUCAUCGCGCCCUGA